CGAAAAUCUAAAAUACCUGUACCUUCCUCACCAUAUACUUCUGAAAGACAAGAAUCACCAGGCUCCUCCUCAUCAGCUUAUAUUUCUGACCAGAAUACACCAAAUGAAACACGUGUGGGAGGACGAGGUUUAUCUCCUGUAUGGAAAUAUUUUCAGCGUCAAAAAACUAAAUCAAAUGGAUAUUAUUCAGCAAAGUGUGAUUAUUGCUCAACUAAAUGGUCAAGAGGUGAACCAGUAAAGCUUGAAGCUCAUCUUGCGUUUGAGUGCUCUUAUGCUGAAGAGCAUGUUCGGCAAUUUUAUCUACUUCAUCCGAAUGCAUAUUUGCAACAAGCAAUUCAUGAGUUAAAUAUUCCUGGUGGUGGAUUAAGAAAAUUUGUAGAUACAAGGUGGACUUCGGCAUAUGAAUGUACCUUAUCCGUUAGCCAACUUGAAUAUGCACUUAUUAAGGCGACCAUAUUUUUUUCAGACCUUAAAAUAUUAAUUAAAGUUUUAUCUCCAAUUCGAACUGCUAUUAUGAACCUAGAAGCUCAAUCGACAACACUAGCAGAUUGCUUUAUACAAUUCGUUAGUUUAGCAGCUGCCAUUAAGAGACUUUCAAGUGUUGGAUUACGUGAAAAGCAAUUUCAUAAAAUUGCACAAAUUGCAAUCCAAAUAUGGAAAUGCAAAGGAUAUGAUUUAAAUGAAUGUGCAAAUCUUAUUGCAUAUAUGCGAUUGUUUAAAGAAAAAAAGGACGGAUUUGACUUGCCUUAUAGUUUUGAGAAAGAUACUCCUUUGUUAUGA